AUGGACUCUACCAUUAUCCCUUUACACUUACACUGGCCACCGCAGAUGGUGCAUCUGCUGAGCAACGGCCCAUCUCUCGUGGCAGCCGUGCUUCUCGCCGUCGUGUUGUCGUUCCUGAUCCAAUGGGCCACUGCGGACCGCUCCAUCCCCAAGAUCACGAGUUCCAAGUCCUGGUUUGCGACCAGGCAGGACUUUGCCGCCCACGGCGUCGAAAUCAUCGAGAAGGGUUUCCAACAGGUCAAAACCGGCGUGUUCCGUGUGACGGCUCUAGAUGGUAAGCUUUCGUCCCACAGUUCUUUGCGCGGCAUACGAACCGCGCUCGACGGGAUGAUAGAAGACUUACAUGUCGCAGGCUCCGACUUGGUUCUCAUCGCACCGGAACAUUGGUUAGCCAUUUGCAAGAAGAAGGAUGAAGAGGUCGCGCCCGCUCGCAAAGAGGUUUGUCGUCUCUUGACCCUUUGUCCUCGCGGCUCUGCGGGAUCGACUGGGCCUCCCCCCCAGCUAACACGCCCCAAGUUCUUCCUGUGCGACUUGCACGGCGCACCCUUCGAAGAGCAUUUCCUCUACAGAUAUCUCGGCGCACGCAUGCCGGGAUUCGACCGCUAUCUCGAUGUCAUAUCUGAGGCACUGGAUGAGGGCAUCUCCAGCAUCUUGGACAAAGACUUCGACUACUCCCAGGGUGGUAUGUCGACCCUUUCGAUCCUGCGCUUCCCAUGCGCGUGUCUUUCCCGAGAAAUGCUGCUAACAUUAUCCUUCAAAGCAUGCAAACGCGUCAUCAUGCAGCCCCAGAUCCUCCACGUCUAUUCGCAUGUCAUCUGGCGAGUCAUCCUCGGCAACAACUUCAGGCCCGAGGUCGUGGACAUCUUCGAGACGUACUCGGCGACGCUGAUCCCCGUGAUGAAAAAGCUCAAGGCGCAGAGGCCCAUGAUGGCGCGCAUCACCGCCGCCUUCUCGGGCGAGGUGCGCCUCGUCAACGCGCAGCUGGAGCGGGCGACCGCCUUCUUCACGCCCAUCUUCCAACAGUGCGCUGAGGCCUUUGAGAAGGGCCUCUCGGGCAGCUCGGUCGACAACGACUGGUUCGAGGAACUGAUCCGCAUGGCGCCGGCCGAGAAGCGCCGCGACUACAAGUACCUCACCAACAUCCUGAUCGGGUUCGCCUUCACGUUCGUCUUCUCCCCCGGGCCGUCGACGACGCAGGUCGUCUACGAGUUCGCCUUCCGUCCCGACUACGUCGAGGAGGUGCUCCAAGAGGCGCACGAUGUCUUGGGAGAGCGCCCAGAGAGUUGGAGUUUCACGCGGGACAGCCUUCGCCGGCUUUCGCUGUUGGACAGCUUCUGCAAAGAGACCCAUAAACACCAUCCAACGGCCGCCUCCAACCUGAUGAAGAAGAUCCACAAGACUCAGACGCUGCCCAACGGGGUCGUCCUACCGGCCGGCACCAUCUUCGAGGUCGUCAUGACGGCGGCGCACCUGUCCAACUCCAACCUCGAGGCCCCGGCCGAGUGGGACGGGCGCCGCUACCACGACCUGCGGCAGCGGAUGUCGUCGACGGCGACCGGCUCCAACAAGUAUGACUGGGGCAGCGCGACGAGGGACGACGUCAACUUCGGCUACGCCUCCCACAUGUGUCCCGGGCGUUGGGCCGGGUGUUCCAUCGCCAAGAUGUUCCUCAUCAAGCUCCUAUCCCGCUUUGAUAUCGGCCCGGAGGAAGGACACACCGAGAGAUAUGCAGACCUUCAUUCAGGCCAAUACAUCUUGCCGAAUCCUACCAAGCAUAUUCUGAUCCGACCGAGGCAGUAG